AUGACAACAACAACGGAUAGUAAAACUCCUUCUCAUGCAUCAAACGUGUAUUUGUUUAAAAAUGGUUAUGGUAUGAUCGUGAAAACAUUCGAAUUUCCUUCAAGUACCGAUCCAAAACAACAAACCAUUGAACUUGUGGAUCCACCGUCGAAUGCUGUACAUGGAACAUUUUGGAUUCAACCAAUUUCCAAACAAACAAAAAUUACUUCUAUUCGUACGAAAAAGACAAAUAAAUCGGAAACAAAAGAUUGUUAUACUCUCGGGGAUUUGAUUGAAUCGAAUGUUGGACAAGACGUUGAAAUUCUUGUUUUGGAUUAUCUCACUCAAAAGAAAGAAUGGAUGAAAGGUAAAAUCAAAUCUGUUCAACGAUCUCAAAACAGAUCGACUGAUGAAACCGUACCUGUUGCACCUUCUCCAGUUGUUCCAACACAAUUUGCAUUGCCUGGAUUUGCUGUACCAACAGCAGCAGCUAUUUCUCAUUCCGUCCGAACUGGUGAUUUAGUGUUGUUUGAAACAACCGAUCAUGGUGUAACGGCAUUAUCUUUAUCAACGAUUGCAUCGAUUCGUGGUCCAACGCUGCAAACAACAUAUCAACAGAAAGUAGUGAAGAAUUGUUUAUCAAUUGAUUAUGAAAAUCAAUCUAAUUCAACUGACACGGGAUUAAUGAAAUAUUUAACGUAUGGUUUAACAUGGGCACCUUCGUACAGUUUGGUUCUUUUAUCGUCGAAUGAUCCAACAGUAAAACGACUUCGUUUUUCAUCGAAGGCGGUGGUUUUAAAUGAUAUCGAAAAUAUGAAUGUGGAAAAUCUAUUCUGUAUCGUUGGAUUUCCUAACACGUCAAAAUUCGCCUCUGUUAACGAUCCAAUUCUCGAUACAGCGAAUGUUGCAACAUUCCUUCAACAAUUACAACAAUGUGAAAGCACUCGCUCACGUCGUGGUGGACGUUCACACGCAAAUUACAGUUGUACAUCAAAUUCCAUGAUGACACAGCAAGUAAUGGGAGGAUUUCCAGGCUCGAGCGAUUCAGGACCCGAUGAAACAACUGAAGAUACAAAUGUGGAUGAUCUUCAUCUGUACGAAUUCAAAAAUGUUCUUUUGGAAAAACAAGAACGUCUGGUUUUACCAAUAUUCGACGUCGGACUUCCAUAUAAAGAUGUUUAUCAUUGUAAAAUCGAAUCAAAUAGUGCGCAAUACAGUUACUCAAGUCCAACAGAAAACAAACCAUACGAAGAAGUUUGGCAUAGUGUGAAGUUUGAUAAUGCGACAAAUUUUGUUUUAACAACUGCGCCUGUUCUCGUUACGAAAGGUCUAAAUGAACAACAAUUUGUAGGUCAAGAUUUAUUAACCUAUACACCCAAAGGAUCAACAGCUUUUGUUAAUUUAACCAAAGCUCUCGAUAUUCGAGUUCAAUCGGAGGAAAAGGUUGUCAAUACGAGCUCCCGACGAUUUACUUUUCUUAGCAAUAAUUAUCAAACAGAUCAAAUCGAAGGAAAACUCACAAUAAUGAACUAUAAAUCCGAAGAAGUUACUGUAGUGAUUAACAUGUCCUUAAUGGGAAAGACAAGUAAUUACUCGCCUGAGCCAAAGACGGACAUUGUCAAAGCGACUGAAGCAACCGUUAAUCCACAGCAUGAUGUCACUUGGGACAUCAAUCUCAAACCUAAACAAACACUGGAAAUUCGAUAUGUUAGAGCGUAUAAUAAACUAGUGUAA